AUGGGACAAAGCACUUCCACGCCUCUGUCCCUGACCCUUGAUCAUUGGACUGAAGUCCGCUCAAGGGCCCAGAAUCUUUCUUUUUCAGUAAAACGCCGGACCUGGCAGACUCUCUGUACUUCAGAAUGGCCCACCCUCAGAGUCGGAUGGCCCCCAAAAGGAUCCUUCCACUUCCCUCUAAUCCGAAAAGUAAGAAAUAUUGUCUUUCAGCCGGGACCACGUGGCCACCCAGAUCAACAGCCAUAUAUCUUAACCUGGCAGGACCUCUGCGAAUCUCCUCCUGAAUGGGUGAAGCCUUUCCUUGUCCCUGCCCCCACUCCUACCCCUUCCCCCAUGAUCCUAUCACUCAAACCCUCUGCUCCUCCCCCUCUUCCCUCCAUUCUCCCUGAGUCACAAGAUUUAACUUUACUGGACUCUCCUCCCCCUCCUUAUCCCCUGCCCUCGCCAAUUGGGCCAGACCCGUGCCCUCCAGAGGACUUCCCCGCAGCAGCCCCAGCCCCUCCUCCCCUGGAGGAAGCUGGGCCGGCUAAAGGAACCCACCAGCGGCUAAUGAUUGAAAACCCUGAAGCUGUGAUCCUCCCCCUCCAUCCCUACGGGCCCAUGAUUGAUGAUGGCCAUGGGGGAGAAAUGCAAGCCUACCAGUACUGGCCUUUUUCCUCUUCAGACCUAUAUAACUAGAAGAAUAACAAUCCCCCUUUUUCUGAGGACCCCACCCGGCUCACAGGUUUGGUUGAGUCACUGAUGUUUUCACACCAGCCCACUUGGGAUGACUGCCAACAACUCCUGGGGACUCUCUUCACGACAGAGGAAUGAGAGAGAAUCCUCUUGGAAGCCAGAAAGAAUAUUCUCGGACCAGAUGGGCGACCAACCCAACUUCCCAACAUCAUUGAAGCCAGCAUCCCCUUAAACCGACCCAACUGGGACCCUAACACCUUUGAAGGUAGGGAGCAUCUGUCCACUUAUCGCCGGGCUCUAAUAGAGGGUCUCCGAGCGGCCGCCAGAUGGCCGACUAAUUUGGCCAAGGUAAGAGAGAUUAUCCAAGUGCCUAAUGAGUCUCCCUCUAUGUUUCUAGAGAGAAUUAUGGAAGCAUAUAGGAGAUAUACUCCUUUUGAUCCUCAGGCAGAGGACCAAAAGGCAUCUGUUGCAAUGGCCUUCAUUGGGCAGUCUGCCCUAGAUAUUAAGAGAAAGUUACAACGUUUAGAUGGAUUACAAGAUAUGACCUUAAGAGAUUUAGUCAGAGAAGCUGAGAAAGUAUAUUAUAAGAGAGAAACUGAGGAAGAGAGGGAACAGAGAAGAGAAAAAGAAAGGGAACAAAAGGAGGAUGAAAGGAGCAAAAGGCAGACUAAAGCAUUGGCUAAGGUCCUGGUCACAGCAGCAAAUAGGCCAGAAGUUAGAAAGCAAGGAGACAAGAAGGGAUACCUGGGCCCACGCCAAAGGCUGCCCCUGGCCUCAGAUCAAUGUGCCUACUGUAAAGAAAAAGGGCACUGGGCCAAAGAGUGCCCUAGGAAGAAGCAGCCUGCCGUUCUGACUCUAGAAGAUGACUAGGAAAGUCGGGGCUCGGAUCCCCUCUCCGAGCUCAGGGUAACUUUUGAAGUGGAGGGGACCCCAGUAAACUUUGAGGUGGAUACAGGGGCAGUAUACUCAGCCCUUAAGACCCCACUGGGCCCCCUAUCAAAUAAAAGGUCUCUGGUUCAAGGGGCUAAUGGCAGUAAAUAUUGGGCUUGGACAACUAACAGGACUAUGGACCUAGGAAAGGGAAAAGUCCACCACUCCUUCCUAGUAAUCCCAGAAUACCCGGCCCCAUUGAUGGGCAGAGAUCUGCUUACCAAACUCCAGGCUAGAAUAACCUUUAACCCUGAUGGUCCCCAAGUGGAGUUUCUAAAUCCUUCAGUAAAAACUCCCAUAGUCACGGCCCUGACUAUGUCAGUAGAAGAUGAACAUCAACUCUUCACCCUGCCCAGGACUGAUCAAACAGGCAAGCUACCCCAGAAAUGGAUGAUAGAUUAUCCUGAUGCCUGGGCAGAAACUGCUGGGUUAGGUCUAGCCAUAAAACAACCUCCAAUAGUAGUAGAAUUAAAAGCCUCUGCCUCUCCAAUCAGUGUUAAACAAUAUCCUCUAAGCAAAGAAGCUAAGGAUGGGAUAAGGCCCCAUAUUCAGAAAUACCUGGCUCUUGGGGUCCUAAGGCCCUGUCAAUCGGCCUGGAAUACCCCCCUGCUACCAGUAAGAAAGUCAGGAACUGGGGACUACCGUCCUAUUCAAGACCUAAGAGAGAUCAACAACAGAGUGCAGGACAUUCACCCCACGCGGGUAGACCCAGAAACAGGAACAUCUGGCCAACUAACCUGGACUAGACUCCCACAGGGGUUCAAAAACUCCCCCACUCUCUUUGAUGAAGCCCUCCACAGGGACCUCAACGACUUCAGAACUGUACACCCCGAAGUCACCCUACUCCAAUAUGUGGAUGAUCUACUACUGGCAGCCGACACCAAGGAGAACUGUGAGUCUGGGACCCAAGCACUAUUAUCCGAGCUUGCUCAGCUUGGAUAUAGGGCUUCUGCCAAAAAGGCCCAAAGUUACCAGCAAGAAGUAAUCUUCCUGGGCUAUUCCCUUAGGGGCGGUAAACGAUGGCUCACUGAGCCCAGAAAACAAACCGUUGUGCAGAUACCGCCCCCAUCUAAUAAGAGACAACUCAGAGAGUUUAUUGGGACUGCCGGCUUUUGCAGGUUAUGGAUUCCUGGGUUUGCGUCUCUGGCUGCCCCUUUAUACCUGCUGAUAAAGGGGGAUGCCCAGUUACCAGCAAAGGGGGCUAUUAACCUCGGCCGGGAAAGAAAUAAAGAACAAAGAUGA